GGUUCAGUUGAUGGUUUACCAAUACGUGUCGUAAAAAAAGGAGAAGAAGAUUAACAAAACGAUGCCAGGGAAAAAAGUGAAGAUAGAGAAACCCUUUUCUAUCCCACAGCUAAAUGACCAAUCCAUUUCUACAGAGGGUUGGGAAAAUCAUCUAAAAUGGCAGAAAAGUGUAAAGUGUAGAGUGGCGUUGGAAGCACUAGCUUCAAGUUUGGAGGAGCCUACACGCAAAAGAAAAACCAAGCUGACAAAGACUCAAGUUUUUCCAUUCGUAGGGAAUUCAACAGUGAAGCGUAUCGUAUCUGGUAAAACUGUCUCCAAGGAAUCUUAUGACCCAUUAGAUAAGGUGGCUCCAGAGAAAUUGAAGAAAGUAUUGGACUUCAUUAAGUCUGAUUUGGAAGAUGCUGAGUCUGGUUAUGGAGAUAGAAGUGCAAGAUUUUAUCUGACCUUGGUGCUACCAAGAGAAGCUUGGCCAACAAAGAAUUAUGGCUGGUUGCAUGACUCUCACAUGGCUGCAGCAAUGCGUAUGUUUCACAGACGCUCCAUGCAAUCCCAGUCUCCAUUUUGUUCUCCUCGAAUUGCAUUCCUUGACCGCUGGUUUGUGAACUCAUGGGUUAAUGACUACAAAAAGUUUGGUGAGACAAAUGAGUUGCCAGAAUAUUUUAGCAUGGCUUUUAAUGGAGAAUACCUAGCUGAAUUUGUCACGGGUAAGAAGUGGCUUACAGAUGUUGACUCUCUCUUCCUCUGCCACCAUGUCAACGGCGACCACUGGGUUGCUCUUCACAUCGAUCUGCAGAAGGAGCUAAUACAUGUGUAUGAUAGCAUUCGAACUUGGGUGCCUGAUAAGAAGAUGCAAGAGGAGUGCAUGCCGUUUACGAAAAUGCUUCCUGCAUUGCUUAACAAGAUGGUCGAUCCUAAGUUGAGAACAAAGCCUCACAAAAAUUUCACCUACCGUAGGUACAAGAAGAUUCCCCAAAAUGACGACCCAGGAGAUUGCGGCUUGUACACUCUGAAAUACAUUGAAUGUUUAGCUCUGGGGUAUAAUUUUGUAGGCUUAAGUGAUCAGAUCAUACCAGCAAUGCGAUUGAAGAUGGCUGCGGAGAUUUAUGAUGAGGUGUCUAUGGAGGAUUAGGAAGUAUAACUUGUACUCUGCUUUUUUUUGUUGCUUUUUUCUCGGAUGUAUAACUGUAGGUUUUUGCUUAUUUUUGGAUGAUAUUUUCUUAUUCUCGGAUGUGUAAUUUGGAUGUUUAACGUUGAUGGUUACUUUGUUUAAUUA